CGCUCUCAUUCUACUUCCGGUAUGUGAUAGCUUUAGGUGACUGAGGCUCUUGGAGAGGGAAACCCGCAGGGGGUAGAUGAUACAAUGAUGUCCAAUCGACGGAUUGAGUGCAUUUUCUUCAGCGAGUUCCACCCAACCCUUGGGCCGAAGAUCAGCUACCAGGUCCCCGAGGAAUACAUCUCUCGGGAGCUGUUUGACACGGUGCAGGUGUAUAUAAUUACCAAGCCGGAGCUCCAGAACAAGCUUAUUACAGUCACUGCCAUGGAUAAGAAGCUGAUUGGCUGCCCUGUCUGUAUUGAGCACAAAAAGUACAGCAGGAACGCUCUGCUGUUUAACCUUGGCUUUGUGUGCAAUGCCAGAGCGAAGACGUGCGCCCUGGAGCCCAUCGUGAAGAAGCUCGCAGGAUACCUCACCACAUUAGAGCUAGAAUCUGGCUUUAUUUCAAAUGAGGACAGUAAACAGAGACUGGUGCCAAUCAUGAGUGUAUUGUUAGAAGGGUUGAACUCUACAGGCGAAUGCUCUCUGCCUAUAGAUGAAAGUAACACUAUGCACCUUAAGGUGAUUGAGCUUCGGGCCUCUCCACCUACUGCUCAGGAAUAUGAUGUUCCAGUUUUCACAGAAGACAAAGAUGAUUUCUGUUAUGCACAGUGGGAUUUAACAACUCAGCAGAUCCUUCCGUAUAUUGAUGGAUUUCGGCACAUACAGAAGAUUUCUGCAGAAGCUGACGUGGAGCUGAACCUUGUGCGAAUUGCAAUUCAAAACCUGAUGUAUUACGGAGUGGUAACUUUGGUCUCCAUAUUUCAGUAUUCCAACGUGUAUUGUACAACUCCUCGGGUUCAGGAGCUUAUACAUGACAAAGCUUUACAAGAGGAAUGCGUGUGUUACGUCAGCAAGACAGGUCACAAGCGCCCUAGCCUUCGUGAUAUUUUCCAGUUAUACUGUGGCCUGAGUCCUGGGACUACUGUGCGAGAUCUGAUUGCACGAUAUGCACAGCAGCUGCAGAGAGUGGACGAGAGGAAACUCAUCCAGUUUGGCCUGAUGAAGAAGCUUAUUCGGAGGUUACAGAAAUACCCAGUGAAGAUUUCACGAGAUGAGCGAUGUUCUCCUGCACGACUUUACACUGGAAGCCACAGCUAUGAUGAGAUCUGCUGUAAGACUGGUAUGAGUUACCGGGAGCUAGACGAGAGACUGGACAGUGACCCAAAUAUCAUUGUAUGUUUAAAGUGAACAUCUGAGUGUUAAGAAAAUAAAGAUGAUUAGUGGAACUGGGCCACAGGAGCUGCUGGACGGAGAACCUGUGUGUAUAGCCCUGGUGCAUCCGCUGUGGGUGCUUUGACAUUUUUGCUGGAUUUCAGAAGACCGAACUAUAUAUAUCAAGGAAAGAUUCAAAGACCGUUAAUAAAAUAUUAAAAGUUCACCAUCUACUUUGGAGAUGAGACGCAUCUUUCUAUUUCCUUUAUAAUAUUUAUAUAUUUUCUAUGCAUUGCACAAAAUUAUUCCCUAAACCAAAAGCCCCUUUUGACUUGUCUGUAUGUCUUUAAGUAAAUAAAUGAUCUUCUGGCAAAGAGAAUGCAACACUAAAAACAACAAAAGAA